AGUACAAGAAUCCAUCCUGGAGUCCGGACCAGUUAUUAAAAGACGAAAGUGCGAAAGUGCUAGAGAUGUUGACGGAAUGGAACCAAAAGAUCUCACAGCACCCAGAUCGCUGUACACUAAUGCGCAGAUCAAAAUCAGUAAUUCACCGGCCACAUCGCCUACAGUAUCACAUAACAGCAACUCACCAUCACCAACGCCGGUAGUACCGACUACCGGAUACAAUCACAAAAUAAUCGCCGGCAUACCGUGUGUAGCGGCCGCUUCUAAGUAUACGGCUCCUGUCCACAUUGACGUCGGCGGCACCAUUUAUACAUCUUCACUAGAUACCUUAACCAAAAAUCCAGAUACAAAACUGGCAAAAUUGUUCAACGGGAGCAUACCUAUAGUGUUGGACUCAUUGAAACAACACUACUUCAUCGACAGAGAUGGUAAAAUGUUCAGGCAUAUACUCAACUUUAUGAGGAAUUCGAAACUCUCGUUACCCGAUAACUUCACAGACAUCGACCUGCUUUUGGAAGAGGCUAGAUACUUCGAGAUCACCGCCAUGUGCAAACAACUAGAAAAUUUGAAACGCGACCGGAUGAAAACUUCUGGUAGGGCGAAUGGCUGGGACUCGAACGGGCCCAGCAGUCGUUCUAGCAGCAGCCUGUCCAGUACCAGAGAACAGUACGAGUGCGUUUCGGUUCACGUAAGUCCGGAUCUUGGUGAACGGGUCAUGUUGUCUGGAGACCAUGCGGUUCUCGACGAAGUGUUUCCGGAGACCGGUCAUUCGGCGUUGGAACCGUCAGCGGGACGGCCAGCCGUCUCGUGGACACCCGUUGACUCUAGGCAUUUAGUGCGGUUCCCUUUGAACGGGUACUGUAAGCUUAACAGUGUCCAGGCCAUCACCCGGCUGUUGAACGCUGGAUUCACGGUGGCCGCCAGCACCGGUGGUGGUGUACACGGUCAACAGUUCUCCGAGUACCUGUUCGUACGCAAAAUUGCUACCUGACUAUUCCACAUGUGUCCACGGCACCCGUCAAAUAAAAUCCAUUUUCGUUAGCGCCUUCUGAAGAACACAUCUAAUAUUUGUUGUCACAGAAUAAAUUAUUAUUUGUUGUAUAUAGAUGUUAAUAUAUUUGUCUUACAUUAAUCUUAAAUCAAGAAAAUCUUGUGUGCAUCGCCUUUAUACGCAAUAGGUAUGUAUUAUUAUUACUGUGAAUAUUAUGUACUAUAUACAUUGUCUGUUUUGUAACUUA